AUGGCCUCCAAAACAAGAGCCCUCAAUGCUGCCCAUGCUGCUGGGAUUUUUGCAGACAUGACCCUCGACGGCCCCGAGAUUGGCACCCUCGUCGCCGUGAUUGACAGGGCCAAAAAUUUGCCAAAUCGGAAGACCAUGGGCAAGCAAGACCCGUAUUGUGCUAUGAGACUGGGGAAGGAAGCCAAAAAGACGGAAACAGAUAAAAGAGGCGGGCAGACACCCAGAUGGGAUCAAGAGCUGCGCUUCACCGUCCACGACUCCCCCGACUAUUAUAAAUUGAAGUGUUCUGUUUUCAAUGAUGAUAAGAAGACUGACCUCAUCGGGGAAGCUUGGAUUGAUCUGACAGAAGUCAUCAUCCCAGGUGGCGGACAGAGUGAUCAAUGGCGUCAAUUGAACUUCAAGGGAAAAUAUGCAGGAGAUAUCCGGAUUGAGCUGACAUAUUACGAUGCAAGACCAAAGCCGGAGCCUCUAGCGGAGAAGCAAAACAAAAGAGAUAAAUCUCUUUCAAUGGCCAGUGACGCCCCGAGCAUAUCUUCUGGCCCUCGUCAACUGGGGCCUCGUGAGAUCAGAAGAAGGCCACUCCCGCCUGGCCCUGGUGGGCACUCAGCUGUUUCGACCGCUCAGACUUCUGAACGAUGGCCCCGGGAAGAGUCGCCAGAUAUGUUUACAGGCCAUGGAUAUUCGAACAAUAACCUUCCACCACGUCCACCAAAACAAAAGUUCGUUCCAGAGACUCCGGACGACGUUGGAUAUGAUCUCAACCCUCGAUUCGGCCCCGACUCUUACGAACCGCCCUCAAACUCGAGUCCAUCUUAUCACCAGAAUCAAUCCUCGAACCAUUACUAUGACAACUAUCACGAUCCCAUGGGGGGUUACGGGGACCAAGACCCAUAUGCGGCAGAUUCCUACCAGCAAGCGGGACUUCUGCCGCAAACUCAACUACCACCGGCGGUGCCAGGACCGCCGCCACCCGACCAGCAUUCCUCAUCAGCACCGCACUCGCCAUACGACAGGUUGGAUCAGCCUCCGUAUCAUUCCACUCCCCCUCGAACGACUCCGCAGGGAACGCCACCAGAGUCUCCGCAAAAUCAACCCUGGAGCAGGGCCAGCACAUCUCCAAUCAAGCAUGUCACCUACAGGGACAGUCCACUUCGUCAGUCCAUAAGUCCAAAUGACAUGUCUGAGGUAAUUCCGGCCUAUCCCGACCCGGGAUUCGAUGAGGAUGGAUCGCCGCCGCCCCCUCCUGCUCACCGAGGUACUUUGACAAGGGUGCCUCCAUCUUCGUUGAGUUACAGAGAUUCAUACGGAGAAUCUUCACCACGCACUCCGGGGAAACACAACAGCAUCGAAGGUAGGAGUCCUCUUCAGAGGCUCGAGCGAGAUUAUGAUCCGUUCCAGGCAAACCUUCCCUCCCAAGAGAUACAACGUCAACUUCCAUCGCCACAAUCUUGUGAACCAAGCGCACCACCGCUCAUUGACCAUGACCGAUACCCUAUGUUUCCAUCUGAUAAGCGAAGAUCCUACAACGGCGAUAUGAACCAACUUCAACCGACAUGCACCGAGGAUGACGUGCCACAGCCGGAACAGAUUUACGAUCGUAAUUUCGCUCCGCAACGUAGCGGAGAAAACAUACAAGAGAAUUUCAGGCGUUCUACAGGUAACGAACCUCCCCGGCGGGUGCAGACGUUCGACAACUUUGAAUUGCACGAUGAGAGACAUGUCCGAAGAUCUGCUCCGGUCGUUGUCCGGCCUCGUCCAAUCACUCCCAAUUCUGCUCACAGUAUUCCUCGAAAGUCAAUUACCCCCACGUUCCCGACGAGUGAGGAUCGCAACCAGAUGCCUAGUGUUCCAUUUGGACCUGGCUCGUACGAUGUGCUGAAUCCUGGCACGAGCUUAACAUCGGUUGAGGGUGCAUUCAAUUCCCCUGUAGAUGCGCUAGAGAUCGCUCGACAGAAGGAGGUUGACAAACUUCGAGACCAAGGACCAAUUAUUGGCAAUGAUGGCCGGGUGAUUGAUCCCUCGGACCAUCUUCCUUCUGACACAUGGGCGCCGGAACCCGAAAGAAAACAACGGAAGCCAGAGCAUGUCAUUAGGAUCCGCACGAGAGAAGAAGCGCGAACGCACAACCGUGCUGGAUCGUCGCCAGCGUCCGCUCGACCGCACUCGAUUGCAGCGUCGCCCUAUCAGGCCUCUCCAGCUGGUCCGAUGUCUUCCCCGUACCAGACAUCAACCCCUCCUGCGACUGCACCAGUUUCGCCCCAAGUCGAACCACCGAGUGGCCGCAAUCGUCUGAAGAAACCGAUGCCCAACCGACCUCUCCCGACUCAACCAUACCCGAACUCUCAGGCAGGUCCAGUUAUGAAGAGUGACGUCCCACCCGAGCGACCUAGUCCCUCAAACCAGCGAUAUACGAUCCACUCUUCUCCUGGAAGUGGAUCACCUCAGCGGUCUCCCUUGCCGGAAUAUCAAGUUCCGUCCGCGAGCAGUUACAGCCCGCGCGGUGGAUAUGGGCUGCCACCAGGACCUCAGUAUCAAUUGGAGUAUUCUCCAUCACCGACGAAUCCGCCAAUUGAGAGAUCGCUGCCCGAUAGUACCAGUUACGACGGCGGCCCUUCAUAUAAUGAAGAGAGUUCCCUUGCUCUCGAGUUGAGCAGAAUUGACAUUGGGCCGUCGAGGAUGCCCAGGACGGCAUUACGGCCUCAGAGAGCAUACGGCGCAUACUAA